AGAAGUAGCUUUUUGAAAACACGCCCUCUUGUUUCAAGGGAACACAACAUUUAGCUAUUUUCAGUUGAACUAUUGUUGUUAUUGAUGAUGGAGGAAGAAUUUUAUGCAACCCAAGGCGAUUGGGAUGGUCAUGACGGGGAGGAUGGCUAUGGCGAGGCGACGGAGAACGAUGACAAGGUUCAGGAGGACUGUCUGCAGAAGUUCUCCAGCCGGGAUUACAUCAUGGAACCUACGGUCUUCAACACUCUAAAGACUUACUUCCAGGCGGGUGGGUCUCCAGAGCAUGUGAUCCAGCUGCUGUCUGAGAACUAUUCCGCUGUAGCCCAGACCGUCAACCUGCUGGCAGAGUGGCUCAUUCAGAUGGGUGUGGAACCAGCACAAGUGCAGGAGCGUGUUGAGAACCAUCUGAAGAGUCUUCUGAUUAAACACUUUGACCCCCAGAAAGCCGACUCCAUCUUUACAGUGGAGGGAGAGACCCCUGCUUGGCUGGAACAGAUGAUUGCACACACCACCUGGAGAGAUCUCUUCUACAAACUGGCUGAGGCCCAUCCAGACUGCCUGAUGCUGAACUUUACAGUCAAGCUGAUCUCGGACGCGGGCUACCAGGGCGAGAUCACGAGUGUGUCGACGGCGUGCCAGCAGCUGGAGGUGUUCUCGCGUGUCCUGCGCACCUCACUGGCCACUCUGCUGGACGGAGGGGAGGACAACCUGGAGAAGAACCUGCCCGAGUUCGCCAAGAUGGUGUGUCACGGGGAGCACACGUAUCUGUUCGCCCAGUCCAUGAUGUCCAUCCUGGCCCAGGAGGAGCAGGGAGGGUCCACUAUGAGACGCAUCGGCCAGGAGGUGCAGAAGUCUGCUCAUCAGAGGGGUCAUGAUGCCAGUCAGAUCACGUUGGCGUUGGGUACGGCGGCUGCAUACCCGCGGGCGUGCCAGGCUCUGGGCGCCAUGCUGUCCAAACAGGCGCUCAACCCUGCUGACAUCACCGUGCUCUUCAAGAUGUUCAGCAGCAUGGACCCCCCGCCCGUGGAGCUGAUCCGUGUUCCUGCGUUCCUGGACCUCUUCAUGCAGUCUCUGUUUAAGCCUGGAGCCAAAAUCAACCAGGACCACAAGCACAAGUACAUCCACAUCCUGGCCUACGCAGCUAGCGUCGUGGAGACCUGGAGAAAGAACAAGCGUGUGAACAUCAAUAAGGACGAGCUCAAGUCCACGUCUAAGGCGGUGGAGACGGUGCACAACCUGUGCUGCAACGAGAACAAGGGAGCCACCGAGCUGGUAGCAGAACUCUCCACCCUCUACCAGUGCAUACGGUUUCCGGUGGUUGCCAUGGGAGUGCUGAAGUGGGUUGACUGGACCGUGUCGGAGCCGCGCUACUUUCAGCUGCAGACUGACCACACACCUGUUCACCUGGCCCUACUGGACGAGAUCAGUACGUGUCAUCAGCUCCUGCAUCCUCAGGUUCUCCAGCUGCUCAUUAAACUGUUUGAGACCGAACACUCACAGCUGGACGUCAUGGAGCAGCUGGAGCUGAAGAAGACGCUGCUGGACAGGAUGGUUCACCUGCUGAGUCGAGGCUUCGUGCUGCCGGUGGUCGGAUACAUCCGCACGUGUCUGGAGAAACUCAACACAGACAUCUCCCUCAUCAGAUACUUCAUCACAGAGGUGCUGGACGUGAUUGCUCCUCCGUACACGUCGGACUUCGUGCAGCUCUUCCUGCCCAUCCUGGAGAACGACAGCAUCGCCGGAACCAUCCGCACCGAGGGAGAGCACGACCCUGUGGCAGAGUUCAUCGCUCACUGCAAGUCCAACUUCAUCAUGAUCAACUGAGGCUUCUCAUUGGAUGUGUUUGGAGAGGCAUUCCAGCAGUUAACCAAUGAGAGUGGAGCUGGCUGUGCUGUCAGAGGGAGGCCAGCCAAUAGGAUUGCGCCAGUUUCCCGGCAUGGGCGCAGCGAGGAUUGAACACUGUAUCAGCUGUGAGAUUCCUCACGAGUGUGUGUGAGCUCCUGGGACUCUGUGUGUGUGUGUGUGUGUGUGUGUGGAGUGACUGAUCUGUCUGUCUGUGUGUGUGUGUGGCAGGGAGGUUUCGAUACGGAGCGUUGUGGUUUUUUUAUGUAACUUUUUGUAUUCCAGUGUUGACGCCUGUAAUAAAGGUGGUGAUUAUG